CGACAUCCGAUUCGGUUUCCGCACAAUUUCAGCACGGACGCCCCCGCCCCGCCGUGUAUUCGACCCAGAAAAGUAAGAGAAAAAGGAUCCCGCCGUGUCGUACGCUUUCAUCGUCUGCAACAAUCGGAGAGCUCUAUCUCCUCUUCCGAUUCGAUUCUCUGCUCGCUAUCGAAAAGCUCGUACCAGCCUUCUUCAGACCAUGAGAGCAGGAGGCGGCGAUCGCGCGCGGUGCGAAGUGAGAGGCAAACCGAUCAGGCAGAGCUGGAGCUCCAAGUCGAAGAUAGAGCUGCCCGUGGUCGUCCUCGCUUGCUCCUUCUUCUUCCUCGCCGGAUUCUACGGCUCGUCUCUCCUUGCUCAGGACGUCUCUGGAGCAGGAGCGAGGGCGAGGGCUCUCGAAUCGGUCGGGGACGAGAGAGACUAUGUGCCGUUGCCGCGAGGAGAGACCGGGGAUGAUUCUUUCGUUUCGAUUCCUUUCCAGGUUUUGAGCUGGGGUCCUCGUGCUCUAUACUUUCCUAAUUUUGCAACAGCUGAACAAUGCCAAAGCAUAAUAAAAGUGGCAAAGACAGGUCUCAAACCUUCAACCUUGGCGUUGAGAAAGGGAGAAACAGCAGAGAACACGAAGGGCAUUAGAACAAGUUCUGGCAUGUUCAUAAGUGCUUCUGAAGACAAAACUGGAACCUUGGAUAUUAUUGAAGAGAAAAUUGCAAGGGUGACAAUGCUUCCAAGGGAACAUGGAGAGGCAUUCAAUGUGUUACGCUACGAGAUUGGACAGAGAUAUAAUUCUCAUUACGAUGCAUUCAGUCCCGUUGAAUAUGGUCCACAAAAGAGCCAAAGGGUUGCCUCUUUUUUGCUGUACUUAUCUGAUGUUGAAGAGGGGGGAGAAACUGUGUUCCCUUUUGAGAAUGGAAUUAACAUGGAUGGGACCUAUGAUUUUCAACAAUGUGUUGGACUGAAGGUGAAACCACGGCAGGGUGAUGGACUUCUCUUCUAUUCCUUGUUACCAAAUGGUACCAUUGAUCCUACCUCACUUCAUGGGAGCUGUCCUGUGAUCAAAGGGGAGAAAUGGGUGGCGACAAAGUGGAUUAGAGACCAAGUGCAAGAUGACUAAUCAUCCGUAAUACGUCACUAACCACUGUGACAUUAUGCACAAUUUUGCCAUAUUGAGCAUCGGCAUGUACUCAUUAUUUGAUUAGUCCCAAGAGGCUUUUUGGUUUAAUCAAUUGCCCCUUCUUUAUGAGUCGUGCCAUUAGUGUCAUAUUAGCACUUGUCCACCAAUAUUUAAAGAUGAUCUCUUCCCAAAGACAAAGAUUUCACUGAUAAUGCGAAAUUAGUUGGGUCUGGAAGCUCCAUUUUCCGUAGUUGAUUACACAGAUGACUAGAAAGUGAUUUGUGAAGCUUGAAAUAAAAAACUUUCUGUUUCUUGCC